UUUUCCCCCUCGCCAACAUCAAGGGAAUACACUGAGUACAUUUUCCUUAGAUAGAAAGGAAAAGGACCUCCCAUUUUUGGCUCUGCUAAGAAGCUCAAAAAGGUGAGCAAAUAAAAAAUAUAUAGUAAAUUGGGAAUUAAGUUUCCAAAAAAUAUUCUGUGGUGAUGCAAUAGAGAUUUGAAAAUUGGAACGAGAUUGCGAUGGUAUAUUCCCAGAGAGGAAGUCCCCAAUCCCGGCGCCUGCUGCUCUGGCUUCUCCUCGCCGCAUGGGAGGCGGGGAGCGGCCAGCUCCACUACUCUGUCCCGGAGGAGGCCAAACACGGCACCUUCGUGGGCCGCAUCACGCAGGAUCUGGGGCUGGAGCUGGCGGAGCUGGUGCCGCGCCUGUUCCGGGUGGCGUCCAAAGACCGCGGGGACCUUCUGGAGGUGAAUCUGCAGAAUGGCAUUUUGUUUGUGAAUUCUCGGAUCGACCGGGAGGAGCUGUGCGGGCGGAGCGCGGAGUGCAGCAUCCACCUGGAGGUGAUCGUGGACAGGCCGCUGCAGGUUUUCCACGUGGAGGUGGAAGUGAAAGACAUUAAUGACAAUCCUCCCAGGUUCUCCCGAGAAGAACAAAAAUUAUUCAUUUUAGAGUCAAGAAUGCCAGAUUCGCGGUUUCCUGUAGAGGGCGCAUCUGACUUGGAUAUAGGAGCAAAUGCAGAAUUAAGAUAUAAAUUAAAUCCUAACGAAUAUUUUGACUUGGAUGUUAAAACAAAUGAAGAAAAAACGAAAUUUUUAGAACUAGUUUUGAAGAAAUCCUUAGAUAGGGAAGAAACCGAAGAACAUCGUCUAUUACUGAUUGCAAUUGAUGGAGGAAAACCCGAACUAACAGGUACGGUUCAGUUGUUGAUCAAUGUAUUGGAUGCGAAUGAUAACGCCCCGGAAUUUGAUAAAUCCAUUUAUAAUGUGAGACUGUUCGAAAAUACACGGAGUGGAACAUUAGUUAUUAAACUGAACGCCUCAGAUGCAGAUGAGGGCAUUAAUAAGGAAAUAGUGUAUUUUUUUAGUAAUCUUGUUUCUGACGAUGUAAAAUCCAAAUUUAUAAUCGAUUCUAAUAGCGGUGAAGUAAAAGUGAAGGGAGAGCUGGAUUACGAAGACUGUAACUUAUAUGAAAUUAAUAUUGAUGCAGUGGAUAGAAGUACAUUCCCAUUAACAGGGCACUGCAAAGUAAUAGUGAAACUUCUGGAUGUGAAUGAUAAUAUCCCCGAGAUGGCCAUAACCUCCCUUUUUCUGCCUGUCAAAGAGGAUGCUCCAACAAGCACCGUCGUCGCCCUGAUCAGCGUGUCUGACCUUGACUCUGGAGCCAACGGGCAGGUGACCUGCUCCCUAACGGCCCACGUGCCCUUCAAGCUGGUGUCCACCUUCAGGAAUUACUAUUCCUUGGUGCUGGACGGUGCCCUGGACCGGGAGAGCAUAUCGGACUAUGAGUUGGUAGUGACAGCACGGGACGGGGGCUCGCCUUCUCUGUGGGCCACAGCCAGCGUGUCCGUGGAGGUGGCCGACGUGAACGACAACGCGCCGGCGUUCCCACAGCCCGAGUACACGGUGUUCGUGAAGGAGAACAACCCGCCAGGCUGCCACAUCUUCACGGUGUCGGCGCGGGACGCGGACGCGCAGGAGAACGCGCGGGUGUCCUACUCGCUGGUGGAGCGGCGGGUGGGCGAGCGCGCGCUGUCGAGCUACGUGUCGGUGCACGCGGAGAGCGGCAAGGUGUACGCGCUGCAGCCGCUGGACCACGAGGAGCUGGAGCUGCUGCAGUUCCAGGUGAGCGCGCGCGACGCGGGCGUGCCGCCUCUGGGCAGCAACGUGACGCUGCAGGUGUUCGUGCUGGAUGAGAAUGACAACCCGCCAGUGCUACUGGCACCUCGGGGUGGCAGCGGCGUUGGCCUAGUGAAUGAGCUAGUGCCUCGAUCUGUGGGGGCGGGCCACGUGGUGGCGAAGGUGCGCGCGGUGGACGCCGACUCUGGCUACAAUGCGUGGCUUUCAUACGAGCUGCAACCGGCGGUUGGCAGUGCUCGGAGUCCGUUCCGCGUGGGGCUGUACACUGGCGAGAUCAGCACAACGCGCGCCCUGGACGAGGCGGACGCGCCGCGCCAGCGUUUGCUUGUGCUGGUGAGGGACCACGGUGAACCCGCGCUGACCGCCACGGCCACAGUGUUGGUAUCGCUGGUGGAGAGCGGCCAGGCGCCGAAGGCCUCGUCUCGGGCACUGGCAGGCGCUGCAAACCAGGAGAUGGCACUGGUGGAUGUCAACGUGUACCUGAUUGUCGCCAUUUGCGCAGUGUCCAGUUUGUUGGUGCUCACUAUGCUGCUGUACACGGCGCUGCGGUGCUCGGCGCCGCCCACUGAGGACGUAUGUGGGCCGGGCCAGCCCCGACUGGUGUGCUCCAGCGCGGCGGGGAGCUGUUCUUACUCGAAACAGAAGCAGCAGAGGGUGUGUUCUGGGGACGGUCAGCCCAAGACCGACCUCAUGGCUUUCAGCCCCAGCCUUCCUCAGGGUCCCACUUCCACAGACACUGUAAGUCUCAAAAGUCUUAUUAUACACCAAUUUCUCAUUCUUUUUGACUUGGAUGUUAAAACAAAUGAAGAAAAAACGAAAUUUUUAGAACUAGUUUUGAAGAAAUCCUUAGAUAGGGAAGAAACCGAAGAACAUCGUCUAUUACUGAUUGCAAUUGAUGGAGGAAAACCCGAACUAACAGGUACGGUUCAGUUGUUGAUCAAUGUAUUGGAUGCGAAUGAUAACGCCCCGGAAUUUGAUAAAUCCAUUUAUAAUGUGAGACUGUUCGAAAAUACACGGAGUGGAACAUUAGUUAUUAAACUGAACGCCUCAGAUGCAGAUGAGGGCAUUAAUAAGGAAAUAGUGUAUUUUUUUAGUAAUCUUGUUUCUGACGAUGUAAAAUCCAAAUUUAUAAUCGAUUCUAAUAGCGGUGAAGUAAAAGUGAAGGGAGAGCUGGAUUACGAAGACUGUAACUUAUAUGAAAUUAAUAUUGAUGCAGUGGAUAGAAGUACAUUCCCAUUAACAGGGCACUGCAAAGUAAUAGUGAAACUUCUGGAUGUGAAUGAUAAUAUCCCCGAGAUGGCCAUAACCUCCCUUUUUCUGCCUGUCAAAGAGGAUGCUCCAACAAGCACCGUCGUCGCCCUGAUCAGCGUGUCUGACCUUGACUCUGGAGCCAACGGGCAGGUGACCUGCUCCCUAACGGCCCACGUGCCCUUCAAGCUGGUGUCCACCUUCAGGAAUUACUAUUCCUUGGUGCUGGACGGUGCCCUGGACCGGGAGAGCAUAUCGGACUAUGAGUUGGUAGUGACAGCACGGGACGGGGGCUCGCCUUCUCUGUGGGCCACAGCCAGCGUGUCCGUGGAGGUGGCCGACGUAAAGAUAGAGGUAUUUAAAAACUCCAGCUCAAAGAAAGGGUGUAUUGAGAAAGAGGAAGAGUAA